GAUUAGGUCAGGUUGGAUAAAAGUGGAUAAUGUUCCAGCGGAUUUCUUAGCUAAGAUGGUCGUGCAUAGUCUUUUCCCUUUUAUUUUUCCUACCUCCCUAGGUAGUAGGUAGGAAAAAUAACUUGAGGUGGGUAGAUCCCCACAAUUCAUCCUCCUUAGCUUAUGAAGUAAGAUUGACCAAAAGUGACUUAAAUCUAUUUGCCCUUAUAAACCCGUCAAUCUCCUCAAGCAAAGAAAAAAAAGUUUUCUUGUCCUCAAGCCCCCGACCCUUUCAUCUCCUUCCUUCCUCCUUUCUUUUCAUCCUCAAGAGAUCAAACAUUCCACUCCCAUUCUCCAAGCCCUGCGACCCAAGCAAGAGAGGAAAUGGUUUCCUUCCUUCUUAACUGAAUGAUGCUCAAUUGUCUUUACCCAUUUUCAGUUUGUUUCCAAGUUUAAAUCCAAGAUUUUGUUCACAUCUUUCCAAAGGGAAAUCCUUGAAGGAAUAAAUAUUCGGUUAUUUGGCGAAACGAAGCCAUGAGAAAUGGAGAAAUUAUUAGAGAUGCUGCUUUGGGAGCAGCGUUCGGAGAGAUAUUUAGAGGUUUCGUUGGAGUAAUUACGCGUGUAACAAUAACAACCAUUCAGUUCCAAUCCGAUUUGGAAGGCCUCAGAAUUACGCUGUCUAGACUACAGGAAUUGGUCGAACACGAAGACUUGGGAGGAGAAAUUAAGGGAUUGGACGAGCUGGUGGAAAAGGGAGAGAAGCUUGUAAAUAAGUGCUCGAAUCUCAAGCGGUGGCAACACAGCAUCAGAUUCCAUUACGCGCACAAACUCCGGAAGCUGGACAAAGAACUUCUGGUGUUCUUUCAGAGGGACAUCAUGGCUCAGAUUAUGAGGAAUUCGUCGACGACUGUGAACAUAGUGAGUGAAAUUCGUGAGAGACUGAAUUCUACCGAGAACAUGGUGAGUGAAAUUCCUGAGAGACUGAAUCCUACCGAGACAAGUAGUAUUGAUAGCGAAGUGGAAGGAUCCGCCAACCAUGAAGAUCAUGAAGAUAUUGCAGCUAUUUGUAACAAAUCUGGCAGCCGUGCGUGAAGAAGACAAGAUGAGUUAGGGUUCGGUCGUGAGAUAAAGUCUGAAGGAUUAAGGAUUAGGAGAUCUAUGGGCCGGGCUAUUGUGUGGGCCUUGGUUGAGUCAUGAAGUGGUCUUUGAUUGGGCUAGUAGCAGUACUUACGUUUAUCUUGUUUAGUUGGUGUUUAAGGGCCGGUCAGCCCAAUAAUCGCUUUGAAUAAAAUAUUUUUCUUAAUAUAUUAACUCAGAAAUUAAAAAAUAUUUCUCUAAUUUUAUACAUAACGCUAAAUACAGUCGCAAGCAAGUCUCAUCUGUGACCACUUUUAAGAAACAGUGACGUCUUUCUUUACUACCUGUAUCUAUCGGCUUAUGUGUCAUCUUAUUUUUUGGAUCUUUAUUCCUCUAAAGUUACUCGUAUAUCCAUUUUAUGUUCA